AACUGGCUGGGUUUCCUACUGGAGAACCCAGGAAGGCAGGUCACUGGGCACAGGCUGGGUAUCAGUUAUGGGCCAGUUUAAACUGGACAUCAGGGGCUGGCAUGUCGAGCUGUGCAGCGGGCAGAGGCACGUCAGCGUGGGGCACCGAGUCAUCUGGCACGACAGCGGGCACAGAGUCACCGGGCACGUCAGCGGGCACCAAGCCAUCUAGCAGAACCCGCGGGUACCGGGUCACCAAGCUCGACAGCAGGCACCAAAUUAACUGGCACAACAGUGGUCACUGAAUCAACUGGCACGACAGCGGGCACCAAGUCAUCUGGCUCGACAGCGGGGCACCGAGUCAACUGCAUGACAGCAGGGGGCACCGAGUCAACUGGCAUCAAGUCACCCGGCUCAACAGCGGGCACCAAGUCAACUGGCACCGAGU